AUGGUUACCAUGAUGUCUGGAAGGAUUAUACUGCUAGUGGUGGCGGUGUUAUGUAUCUGGCAUGCAGGGCAAGUAAGAGCAUCAUGUGAUUGCAAGCUUAAUGCAGCUUCCACAGUAAAGCCAGAGAUCAUCAACUCAAAACUGGAAUCGCAACAACAAAUAAUUGAUGGCCUAGAGGAAAAGUACCAGAAGAUGGCACUAGACAAUGCAUUGAAACUUGAGCGUCUGAAGAGUGCCAAAGGAGAUUCUCAAGAAAUGACAAGUAUUAUUUAUCCUCAAGUUAGUAAGUGUCCCAAGAAGAACCAUCUGCGCUGCAAAGAAUCGGGAGAGUGCAUCCAUAAACUAUUGGGCUGUGAUGGAGUGUUGGAUUGCCUAGAUGGAUCUGAUGAGACUGAUAGAUGCGUUGAUACUUUGGUGCCAGGCAAACCAAUCGUAACUGUCCUCCCCAAAAAUCAGAAUUGUUUCCCAGACGCUGCCUCGGAUGUAACACUUAUCGGCACAGUAACAAGAACGGAGACAUCAGAAUUUUUCCCUCAAGUUUUUAAGGGAACUGCCAUAGGAGAAUAUAGUUUUAUAGAUAGCGACGGAAGGGAUAUCAAGGGUGUCUUGGAAGUCAGUCUUACCCACUUUGCGGCAUCAGGUGAAAUGACAUGGGACUGGAUUGAUGACAAGUAUAAAUUUAGAGGACAUGCAUUUCAGCCCCUUUUCCUUGAAUCGCCACUCAUAGCCACUUUAUACCAUGGAUUUGAUUUUAAGGAGGUUUGCUCAAAUGCAAUCUGGCAUCCCUAUGACGAAAUUAAAAUAUAAUGCUUGUUCUAAAAUCUAAAAUUGGACUUAAGAUUAGUUAAGCAUCAUGAACUGUUAAGACUACAUGCAGCUGUUAAAUAAUAAUUAUUGACUUACUAACUUAUAAUCUGAUUACAUUUGAAAAUGUUUUGCUCUUACAAUUUUUUACUUCCCACAAUUUUGCUCUCACAAUUCUUAUAUUAUGAUUAAAAAACAUUUAACUCUCCCCAAGAAUAUGCUGUCAAGAUAAUCAUAAAUA